AUGGGUGCUGUGACGGUACAACACGAGUUCCGUGCGUACACCGUGGAGCUGGAUGCCAAUUCGGUUUUAAAACAGGCCCUGGAGCAGUCUGUUGCUCACUUCAGACCAGGAAGAUCGGCCGAUGAGUUCUCAUUCAUGCAUGGUGGCAAAACUGUCCCACUCGAUACGCCUUGGAGGUUGAUGAACUUACCACAGGGAGCUAAUUUGCAAUUAGUAGAAGACCGCGUGCGGGCUUCUGUGGCGACGUCGAAAUCUAUGAAAGUGAGGUUCCAGGUUGCAGGUCUUGGCUCUGUUGUCAGGGAAGUGGUUACAACUGAUUUGGUCGCUAACGUCCUCGCAGAAGUGAAAGUCGAACAGAAUUGGUCUCAGGUUGAUCUAGAAAGCAUCACCAUCCGUGUUUUGUCCAUAAUUAUAAAGUACGCUGAUCUGAUUGGUAAGACGUUCCAGGAUUUGGGAAUCAACUCCUCUACGUCGAUAACAAUCAACCUACCCACCACAGCAACAGUGCCAGUCCCAACAAAAACCGUGCCAGAAUCCACCAGUACCACUGAUACUGAAUCUAGAUCCUCUAAAACAACAGCAGUUCGUGAGUCAACACCAUUGCAUAAACCUAUAGUGUACAUCUCCUCAGAUAAUGCAGCAUCCACAAUAUCAGACCAGUCAACCGACGAAGAUGCUUACGAGUUAACUGUAGAGCAGGCACAAAGAUACCAAAGGAUGCUAUCAAAGCAGGCUGGUGGUCUUGGUGGACCGCUACUAACCAAAAGACUAAGAGAACAACAAGAUCAACAAAAGCGCAGACCAACCAUCAAGGAAUGCUUGAUAAGAGUUAAAUUUCCUGAUAGAACGUUUAUGGAAAUGGCGUUCCAACCGAGCGAGACGUCUUCAGAUAUAUAUAACCAUGUGAAAAAGAAUUUGAAGGACGAGUCGAUGUCUUUCAACUUGUACGAACCAAAUCCGUACAAGUUGCUAAUCGCGUACGAUGAUAAAGAAUUAGUACGCGAUUUUAAUUACGGUUCCAAGACUGUUCUUCUUUUUGAACCCGAGGACAAGCACAACAAAGGCCCAUAUUUGAAGGGUGCACUCGUAGAUCAGGCGAAAACUUUAACCGAUAUGGUCAAAAGCGCAUUUGAACCCACACCAACAUCUCACAAACAAGCGGAGGAAAAACCCGUAAAGGUUAAAAAGACAUUGGAUAAAGUGCCCAAGUGGCUGAAACUAAGUAAAAAGUAA